AUGGGUCGAAAGGAUCCAAUCGAGCGGUUCCUUGAGCUGCUGCGGAUUCGCACUGUGAGCGCAGAAGGACCGCGCGGGAGCUACGAGGAGUGUGCGGAAUGGCUACAGCGGUACCUUGAAGAACUUGGUCUCUCGGUGCAAGUGUUCGCACCCAUGGCCCACAAACCCGUCGUGCUGGCGACGUGGCAUGGGGAGGACCCGACGCUUCCGGGGAUCCUACUCAAUUCACAUUAUGAUGUGGUACCAGCGGUGGCAGAACACUGGCAGUACGACCCCUUUGAUGCCCAAGUCCUGGACGACGGGCGAAUUUACGGGCGAGGAGCACAAGACAUGAAGAGCGUGUGCAUUCAGUACGUUGAAGCUGUGCACGUCCUCCUCUCUUCGGGGUUCAAGCCCAAGCGCAACAUCUAUCUUUCUUUUGUGCCGGACGAAGAAAUUGGAGGUGUGGAAGGAAUGGAGAAACUUCUGGAAAGCACGCAGUUCAAGGCUAUCAUGCCCGUUGUGUUUGCGUUCGACGAAGGGUUAGCCAACCCCAAUGAUGUGUUCACGGUGUUCUAUGGAGAACGAGCUCCAUGGUGGGUCUACGUGAAGGCCGAGGGGCCAACCGGUCAUGGCAGUCGCUUCAUCAAGGACACGGCUGUUUCGAAGAUCGUGGGUAUCUGUAACAAGGCAUUGGCGUUUCGUGACGAGCAGGAAAAAGCACUCGGGGCCGACGACGGCUGCAAGCACGCUGACAUGAAGAAGAAAACGCUCGGAGACGUCACGACGAUUAACAUCACGGCAUUGCAAAGUGGCGUUUCGCAGGAUGGCGGGAAGACGCACGCCCUCAAUGUGAUCCCAAACGAAGCCAUCGCCGGUUUUGACAUCCGCAUAUCACCUAAAAUGGACUUCAAGGUGAUGCAAGAAAAACUAGACGAGUGGUGCGCGACCGAAGGCGUCUCGUGGGAGUUUGCGUCGUGGACGAAUCCGAUGUACGAACAUUACAUCACUUCGCUUGAUGCUGACAACGUUUGGUGGCAGCUUUUCCAGGCGUCCUGUGCUCGCAUCGGAGUGAAGUUGGAGACGGAGAUUUUUCCAGCAGCUACCGAUAGCCGCUUUCUCCGCAAGAUCGGGGUGCCUGCAAUUGGAUUCUCUCCAAUGAAGCAAACUGAGAUUCUAUUGCACGAGCACAACGAGAGCCUCCCGAAAGACGUGUUCCUGGACGGGAUUGCAGUUUACGUCAAUGUGUUUCGAGACAUGUUUGCUCAUGAGUAG